CCUCCUUCUUCCCACUUGUCUGCCUUUGUCUGUUCUCGACUUCAUCCGAGUGCAUCUUCCUCUGUCAUGCGCUGCGACCGUUGAAGAACACUGGUCCGUUGAAUCGUCGCAAAUCCCACCUGAUCGUUUCCAGAGUUCUCUGGCCCACGGUUCCUUUCAUUCCAUUCCUUCCUAUCGGAGAUAGCACGUCUAUAGUAUACUUUACUUAUCUGCUUGGCAGUAUCGCUUUUCGAUCCGUCGACCCUAUCCGCAUCGCCGUGACGGUCCUACAAUUUUUGUCUUUCAACAGAAACUCAUAAUGGAGGACGGUGGCUACGACCAAAAGCUCCCCUCACGAAAUGACUCGCCUUUGCUGCGCGCGGCCGCAGGCGACGACGACCUAUCUGAUAUGGACGAGCUCGCAGACUCCGACAACUACUAUUCGCCACCUGGUUCGCCAGGGAGGUUGUCCCGGAGUCCCUCGUUCUCGUACCAAGAUGAUUGGGAGACCUUCCCAUCCCUCGACCAGCUGUCAGUCUUCGACUUGCUCGACAACCUUUCCCUUUCGCAACGGCUCGAAAAGCUUCAGCAAGCGAUCAAUGCGCAGAAAGACAAAGUGCGAAAACAACGCGAGAAACUGAAGUAUACCUCUAUAAAUGCAAAGGAGCGCGUCGUGGGCGAAUGGAAAAAGCGGGUUCCUACGGCCGACGAGCGCCUGGACAAGUAUCGCCGGCGGAUGAAGGUCGGGGUUGAACGCCUAGGGAAACAAUGGAACGAAGCGGCCACAGUCACUCUGCGAGAAAAGAUAUCAUUCAUCGCUGGAGUUCUCAACAUCUUUAUCAGUGGCUAUCUCAUCGGCGCACACCCCGAAUAUUUCUACAUCUGGUUCAGCGCGCAGCUGGCGUACUUCAUGCCCAUUCGGUAUUACCGAUACCACAAGAAGGGGUAUCAUUACUUCUUGGCUGACUUGUGCUACUUUGCCAAUGUGCUUUGUCUGUUGAGUCUCUGGGUCUUUCCAGGCUCGCCGAGACUCUUUAUUAGCACGUUUUGCCUGGUGUUCGGGAAUAAUGCGGUUGCAAUUGCCAUGUGGCGGAACUCCAUGGUAUUCCAUAGCAUGGAUAAGGUCGUGAGCCUUUUCAUUCACAUUAUGCCUCCGAUGACUUUGCAUUGCCUAGUUCACCUGACCUCGGCCGAAACACUGAAGGAGAGAUUCCCCGCGGUGUAUAGCAUCAAAUUUAGCGAUCCUGGGUCUCCAGAACACUUUACUCUUCUCUCUAUGAUGGGCUGGGCGACCGUACCGUACAUUGUCUGGCAGCUUGCCUAUCAUUGCUUUAUCACCGUUCGCCGAGCAGAGCAGAUCGCUGCUGGACGGCCGACCAGCUUCACCUGGCUUCGCAAAUCUUACUCGAAAGCCUGGAUUGGCAAGAUUGUGCUUAGCCUUCCGGAGUCACUGCAGGCUCCAGCAUUUAUGCUGAUCCAGUACCUCUAUGCCAUGCUGACUAUGAUUCCCUGUCCACUGUGGCUGUGGUACCGGUGGGCCAGUGGGGCUUUUUUGACCUGCUUGUUCAUUCUGAGCAUUCAUAACGGUGCAACCUAUUAUAUCGAUGUAUUUGGCAAACGAUUCCAGAAAGAAUUGGAGGAGCUGAAGAAGGAUGUUGCACGCUGGCAGUCGUCUCCCGAAAACAACGCCACGGUCGCCGGGCCCGAUGAGAAGGCCACAACAGGAGAGCCAGCCCCGAACGGCUUGGAAUAUAUUGCCGGUGUUAAGCUGUCUGACCGGUCCGGUAUUGACAAGAUCCCUCCUCUUGACUCCAGUGCUGCCUCGACGGGCGUGCAAGACCAGAACUCUGCAGGCGACUCAUCGAUGCGUGAAAGGAAAUAAUGACGCACUUGACUUUUUGGAUGUUCUUUGUAUUUUAAGCUACUCCGAAUUUGCUCUCACUGUCGUCUUUGCACGCCCUCGCCCCCUGUCCUUUCUUUCCACUUGGCUCGAAUUAUUCAACUGCGUUGAUACCCAACCCUACCACCAGCCGUUCUUUGUUUUUUGCGUUUCUACUUGGGGUUACUGGUUUUUGACCUGUUAAAUAAAUACAUCUUGAUGUUAAUAUGAUUAUAUAGACUAAAUGUGGCCGCUGGACAAUGUGAUAUCUUGUUUUGCGACUGUUCAGCCAUCAACAACAAUAGUCAUUAAAGUCUGUCAAAAACCGAUAUUGCCCUGAAAUAACCUCCGCAGACAAGAAAGCUUGGCGCUGUUAUCUCCGGCGGCGACGGGCCGCAAACGCCGAGGCCGGUCAGAUCACGUGCAGAGCCACCUCUUUCCUCGCAGU